AGAUGGAUGGUGUAUUGAGCGUCGAGCUAUUGGGGGCCAAGCCGUCGACUGAUCUGAUGCUAUGAAAUGGCCCAAUUCAGCCUUGCCAUAUCCAGCAGAUAGUUAUUAUUAGUGUGGCGAGUAAAUAAUGCAUGUAAGAAAUAUGCACAUUACACCGCAUUUGCUGCGUAUAUGGUUUCUUCCACCAUGCAAGCAGGUGUUCACCGAAAAUAUGGUGGAAUAAAGCAGAUGGGCUGGUAAUAAAUUACUAGUCGCCUUGAUCUCCACAUCUGUUACCAAAGCCGCUUCCUUUGCGAAGUAACUCAAGCUUGAAUAACGCAAAGAUACCUUUCCAAUCUUUUCGUUAGGGAUGGCGACUUGGUGUCGUCCAAAGCAGACGGGGUGUGUUAAGAUGGUAUGUAGCUUCCAGUGCUGCAAAAGUCGCAGAGACGAGAGCGGUCGCAUAUCUUCGAAGUAUUGCAAGAAGCAUACGUGUGCGCAUUUUCAUAUGGAUGAAGAGUUACCGCGCUGUGAAAGACCGAAGGAUCCGAGCGAUUCAGUAUGCAUUUAUCAUGCGAGAUGUCCCAUCGAUAAUUGCAAGAAAGCUAGGAUACAGAUCCAAAUCGAUAUUCUUGCUGAUGAACCGAGGUUCAAGCGCGAAAAAUACUGUAGCGAUCAUACGUGUUUGUAUGAGGGGUGUGUUGAGAUACGCAGUACCAUGCGCCAGGGUGAAGUCCAAUACCGCCCAUAUUGCAAUGAACAUGUCUGCCACGCCGACGGAUGUGCCGAGAGAAAUACUAAACCCCUGGGUGGUUGGUAUUGUAAGAUUCACGGGUGCAAAAAGGCGGGCUGUUCGAAAGAGGCUGAUAACAGUCGGCGGUAUUGUGAACAGCAUAAUCGAUGCGAGUGGUCGCCGAGUAGAUGUCUUAACCCAAAGCUGUCUGGGAAGGAGCUCUGCGCAACGCAUUCUCAAUGCGAGACCGAUGGCUGCCAGGCUUGGAAAGAGCCCGACUCGCCGCAUUGCUUGAAACAUUCGUGCGGGGAAAGGGGAUGUAAGAUCUCGUCUGGAAAUUACAAAUACUGCAACGAACGUUAGUGUGUCCCUGUUAUGUGUGCGUGGGGGAAACAUAUAACUGAUCGCGAGCGCUCUUAGAUCGGUGUGAAUACCAAGACUGUAGUGAACAUCGAGCAG